AUGUACCACGUCGAAGGUCUGGUGCUCGCUCCUGUAGUGUUCAGCGGCUUAUUCGUCGCAUUGUGGACCUGGAAGUGUUUGAUGUUGGUCACCUUUCAGAAUAAGAUCAUAUACAUGCCAGGCCUGCCACCCAAUGCGCGUUGGGAGAAGAUCGAAGAUCACGCCAGCCGGUGUGCCGGCAUUAAGUGGCGGGAAGAAAGGAUCCGCGCAGCUGACGGGACAGAUCUUGCUCUGUGUAUUACGGAUAUGGAACUUGGUUCUGGUGCGACGUCUACGGAACCAAGCGUCGCAUUUUACAUACUCUAUUUCCAGGGGAACGCCUCGUCCAUCCCCCCUCGCUUACCCGACCUUUCAUCGGUCCUCUGCAUGCUAAAGAGACGCUCGUCACAAUGGGAUGAUCGAAAAAUCCGAUGCACAACUGCAUGUCUUAGCUAUAGGGGCUAUUGGACUUCGAGAGGCCGUCCUACCGAAAAGGGUCUCAAUAUGGAUGCUGCCGCCGCCCUUAGCUGGAUUUCUCAGCUGCAUCGUAAUUCUUACGGCGGAGAAGCCCAAGGGUCGAGACCCUCGGCAAACGUCGUCCUCUGGGGCCAAAGCAUUGGAGCGGGUGUAGCAACGAACCUCGCAGCCGAAUCUGCAAUGCCUGCAAACGUGCAUUUGGAUUCCUUGGUCCUAGAAACCCCAUUUACCUCGAUCCGCGCCAUGUUAGAGGUCCUCUACCCGCAAAAGUGGUUACCAUAUCGAUACCUCUGGCCUUUUCUGCGAAACCACCUUGAUAGCUGGAAGAACCUGGAAAUCAUAUCAAGGAAGUAUGAAACUAACAAGUCUCUUCCAGAAGUAUUUAUUUUAGAAGCAGCUAAGGACGAGCUGGUUCCUAAAGAACUGAGUCAAAUGCUUUACGACCGAUGUUUAGACGUCCAGCUACCUGUAACAAGGAAAGCUGUAGAUGGGGCUUUUCACAACGAUGCAAUGUUUCGAGGCGACGGCCGAAGAGCCGUCUCUGAAUUCCUGUCGCAUAGGAUGUGUUCCGCGCGUGUUUGGACCUAA